UACCGGAAGCAGCUGCAUAAAGACGGAGACGUGCAGUUGUAGCAUUGUUUUAGGCUUCACGUAACGUGCUGAGGGUUUUCUUGUUUUAUCUUUUUUUAUAUUGAAUUGUCAGUAAUGCCUCCUAAAAAGCCAGCAGCAGACUCUGCUGAUCCACCUGCACCGACCUCCAGUGAUGCAUCAGUGGAAGAGAAAAAAUCCGAUGCUGCGACGCUGCGCAAACCUGCAACUCAUCCCUCCACAGCGAUCAUGGUGAAAGAAGCACUUAAAGAGCUGGACUCGCGUAAAGGGGCUUCAUCCCAAGCGAUACAGAGUUAUAUUAAACAGAAUUACCCCUCCGUGGAUCUGGUGAGGUUGAAGACCUUCGUCCGUAAAGCGCUGAAGAAAGGACUCGAGAGUGGCACGUUGGUGCGUCCUGCCAACGCCAAUGCGACUGCAGGAGCAACAGGGAGCUUCAGGCUUGCACCAAAAGUCAAGGAGGCAAAACCCAAAACUGAGAAUGCAGAUCCUAAUGUGCAAAAAGCACCCAAAGCAGCAGCAGCCAAGGAUGGAGCCAAGAAGCCCAAAAAAGCAGGUGCCACGAAGAAGAAGAAAGAGACUGCAAAUGAAGAGGUUGAGUCAAAGGAGGAAGAAGAACCAAAACCUCCCAAAAAGUCCAAGAAAGAAAAGGAGAAUGCUGCCCCAGAGGCUACUGCCUCAAAAGUUGCUCCAGCAAAGAAGCCAAAAGCAAAAAAAGCUGCAGUCGACGAUGAUGAUGAUGAUGAUGAUGAUGACGAUGACGGAGCCUCUGAGCCUCCAGCCAAAACUAAAGCAGCAAAGACCACUAAGGAGACAAAGGCAGGAAAGGCGUCUCGGAGCAAGGCUGCUAAAGCAGGCAGCGAAGCCCCUGCUGCUAAAGCGACUGGGAAACGAGGGAAGAAGACUGCAAAGUAAAUUUUAUAAUUGACUGUCAUACUGUUUUUGUUUUGCAAUAAAAUCUUAAUUUUUUUU